AUGCUCGGCACCCCAGGCGCUCUCAUCGCCACCGCUGCCGCCCCCAGCAGCGCAUUUGGCAGCGGCAGGCCACUGGCGGACUACGGGGCGACGCGCGAGCGUCUCCUGCGCAAGCGCACCGUCCGGCACAUUGAGCUGACCAACGGUAACCUCGUCCUCGAAGUCCCUGUGCCCGCGUCGAUCAGCAAGUCGGGCCAGGGUGCCGAGUUCAGCCGGAUGCGCUACAUGGCCGUCACGUGCGACCCGAACGACUUUGUCCGCGAGCGCUAUGCACUCCGCCCCUGGCUCUACGGCCGUGCGCCAGUGGAGCUGAUGAUCUGUAUGACCAUGUACAACGAGGACGCCACUCUCUUCACGCGCACCAUGUCUGGCGUCAUCAAGAACAUCGCCCAUCUCUGCUCGCGCACCCGCAGCAAGACAUGGGGCCAGGAUGCGUGGAAGAAGAUCGUCGUCGUCGUCGUCUCGGACGGACGCAAAAAGGCCAACGCGGACACGCUCAAGGUGCUCGGCCUGUACGGCUGCUACAACGAGGCGGUCAUGCUCGACCACGUCAGCGACAAGCCGACGACAGCGCACGUGUUCGAAUACACGACGCAGGUCGUCGUUGGACCCGACGGCACUGUCACAGUCGGCGCGUGUCCGAUCCAGCUGAUCUUCUGCCUCAAGGAGAAAAACCAGAAAAAGCUCAACUCACACCGCUGGUUCUUCAACGCGUUUGCGCUGCAGCUGCAGCCUAACGUGUGCAUCCUGCUCGAUGUCGGCACCAAACCGAGCGGGACGUCGCUCUACGAGCUUUGGAAGGCCUUCGACAGGCACCCCUCCUGCGGCGGCGCCUGCGGCGAGAUCCGCGUCGAUGCAGGAAAGGGACAGUGGCAGCUGCUCAACCCGCUCGUUGCGAGUCAGAAUUUCGAGUACAAGGUCAGCAACAUUCUCGACAAGCCUCUCGAGAGCGUCUUUGGCUACAUUUCCGUUCUCCCCGGCGCCUUCUCCGCGUACCGCUACAAAGCCGUCCUCGGGGCGCCGCUCGAGAGCUACUUUAAAGGCGAGGCGCUCCACUCGGGCGCAGCCGGCGUCCACGCCGGCACAUUCGAGAGCAACAUGUACCUCGCAGAGGACCGAAUCCUCUGCUUUGAGCUCGUCACCAAGAGACAGCAGGCCUGGACGCUGCGCUACAUCAAGAGCGCGCAUGCAUCGACAGACGUGCCGGCGCAGGUGCCUGAGUUCAUCGCACAGCGCCGCCGGUGGCUCAACGGCUCGCUCUUCGCGAGUAUCUACGCCGUCCUGCACUGGUACCGCAUCUGGUCUUCUGGCCAGGGAUUUCUGCGCAAGCUCGCGCUAAUGCUGCAGGCUAUCUACAACCUCAUCAGCCUCGUAUUCUCGUACACCGCUCCCGCUAAUUUCUUUUUGGCGUUCUUCUUCCUCGUCUCGAGCGCGACGAGCGACCCGACCCAGGACCCGUUCGGCGGGCAGGGCGCGGCGGUGCUCGAGGCGGUCGAGAACAUCUUCAUCGCGCUCAUGGUUGUCUGUCUCGUCUGCUCCCUCGGCAACCGGCCACAGGGCAGCAAGCUGGCUUACACCGGCGUCAUGAUCCUCUUUGCAUGCAUCAUGGGCCUCACGCUCUACUGCGCCGGCUUCACCACCUACCUCGCCCUCAACGCCGCCGGGCUCACGAACCUGAGGAACUGGACGCUCGCCAACAUCGAACAGCUCUUCCUCACCAGCGGAUUCAGGGACAUUGUCAUCUCCCUCUGUUCGACGUAUAUCCUCUGGCUCGUCGCCUCUAUCCUCUUCCUCGACCCGUGGCACAUGUUCACCAGCUUUUUGCAAUACAUGCUGCUCAUCCCGUCUUACACCAUCAUCCUCGCCAUCUACAGCAUGUCAAACCUGCAUGACGUCUCGUGGGGCACCAAAGGCAGCGACCAGGCGCACACCGAUCUGGGACAGGCGACCACGCAAAAGAAGGAUGGCAAGGAGGUCGUACAGGUCAAGGUACCCACGACGCAGGGCGAGGCCGAGGAGCUGUGGAGCUCAAUGCAGCGCGACCUCGCCACGCCCAAGCCAGAAGUGCACCAGAAGCGUAGCGCCGACCAGAAGCAGCAGGACCACUACGCCAACUUCCGCACCAACUUCCUCCUCGCUUGGAUCGUCACCAAUGCUGCCCUCAUCCUCAUAUUCACGUCCAGCUGGUUUAAUGCGUACAUCCGCCGCAAGCACAAGGAGUCUGGCAACCGCGGCCCCGUCAUCAACCCGUACCAGACAGUCGUCUUCUACAGCAUGGCCGCCUUUGCGGCUGUCCGCGCCUUCGGGAGCUUGCUGUACAUGCUCAUGUGGAUCUUCCGUCUGUGA